AUUUUUUUUUUAUUUUUUUUUCGGAAAAAAUAAAUUUUGAACAAUUUAUUAGUUAAAUAUUGGUUAAAUAGUGUAAAAAUUAGUUACGUUCUUUAUGGUGACAUAAUAUUGUUGAUGACACAACAAAAAUGUUAAAUUCCGAGAUAUUUCUAUUUCUAAGAGCAAAUAUUAUUUUUACGAAAAAUUAGGAAAUAAUUAUCUUUAACAUUGUCUGAGUCGAUUUUAAGAAUAAAAUAACAAAUUUCAAUGUUUUCCAUUUUUAGUUAGUUCUAUUCCCGGUUAAAGCAAGUGAAUUUUUCGAAAAUCUUUGAAUGCAGUUCUAUUUCUUUUGAAAAAUAAAGGAAUGUUUCCUUUCAGCAAAAUUCACUAUCUUCAGUAUUUCAAGUACUUUCUCUCCAGGGCCCAUCGAAAAUUUCCACACUGUUAUAUAGUUAAGUCCAAAAUCUGUCCACAAUCAUUGCAAACAUUAUACUGCUUGUUUGUUACAGUGGAUGAUGCAGCGACUGCGACACCUUCUGGGGCCAACAGGGUGAUCGAGAUCGUAGAGGGCUGCGUGGUGAGGCGCGCGGCGGGCGGCACGCCGCUGGCGCUGGGCGCGCGCCUGGCGCCCGCCGACAUCCUGCGCCUGCCCAUCGUGUUCGCGGACGACGCGCCCGCCGGCCCGCCGCCCGCGCCCGCCGGCCCGCCGCCGCUGGCGCCGCUGUCGGCCGCGCCGCUGACGGUGCGCGCGGGGCGCGGGACGGGGCGCGGGACGGGGCGCGGGGUGGGGCGCGGCGCGGGGCGCGGGGCGGGGCGCGGCGUGGGGCGCGGCGUCACGUACACGCGCGUGAUCGUCGCCAAGCGCGCCGGCCCCGCGCCGCUGGUGGUGCGGCGCCGCGCCGACUAG